CAAUUGAUUGUUCUGUUAAUGGCGGGCUCAGGAGGCUCACAGGCGCCAUCUGUUCCACCGACGUCCUCGACUUUGCCGGCGAUUGUGUGUUGUAUGUGCGGCGAUCUCGGGCUCCCUGAACAGCUCUUUAGAUGCAAGUCAUGUAUCUUUAGAUCCCAACACAAAUAUUGCAGCGAGCUGUACCCAAAGGCAGAGGCAUACAGUAACUGCAACUGGUGUCUGAGAGAAGCGCGAGGUAAAUCGAUCGCCGGCGAACCUAUGUCGGAUGGUAGCAGCAGCUCGUCUUCCUCCGGCGAAGCUCUUCUCAUGGCGUCGAAGCUACAGCGAGGAGUUCCUUUACUGCAUCUCACCAUUAAGCCUGUGAAGAAGCUGAAGCUGGCUGCGGAAGGAUUGCCGCCGCCUGCGACGAAAUCGGAGGUGAAGGAGAAAUCAAAUAUGGUGUUGACCGGUUCAGGAAGGGUAAUUAGGCAGCCUUUCAGAGGCAGAGUGAGAAGGUAUAAGCUUCUUGAGGAGGUCUCAAGCUGAUCCAUUGAUGAGUAAAUUGAUGGAAGGUUUUUUAUAUAUAAAUAAGUUUAAUGAUUGACAGA